UCAUUGAUCGCUGCUCUUGCGUUCUAUGUGAGAAGCGUUUUAUAGACAUGAUGGAUGAAGAAUUAAAAUGCCCCGUUUGCGGCUCUCUUUUCAAGGAUCCUAUUCUUUUACCUUGCUCGCACAAUGUGUGUUUGGCGUGCGCCCGAAAUAUCAUUGUACAGACACCAGAAGGCGAAACACUAGCGCAUAGCCGUGCCUCCAACUCGGACUACGAUUAUUUGGAUAUGGACAAAAUGAGCAUGUAUAGUGAAACGGACAGCGGCUAUGGAUCAUACACGCCGUGCAUCAAGUCUCCAAAUGGGGUCAGGGUCUUUCCUCCGACUUUGGUGCACCGCCACUGUUCCAUAACAUGUCCUCUCUGUCACCGUAGUGUCUCUCUGGAUGAGCGGGGGUUUAGGGGCUUUCCACGUAACCGGCUACUGGAGGCGAUCGUGUCUCGGUAUCAGCAGAGCCACUCUGCCAACGUGAAAUGUCAGCUAUGUGACCGCAACCCUGUCGAUGCCACUGUGAUGUGCGAGCAGUGUGACGUGUUUUACUGCACACCUUGCCAGCAGCGAUGCCACCCUUCCCGUGGACCGCUGGCCAAACAUCGAUUAGUGCCACCGACCCAAUUGCCAGCGGCAGGAGGACAGCAGAUGCCCGCCGCCACCUUACGCAAACAGGGGACAUGUGCAGACCAUGAUACGGAGAACUUUAGCAUGUACUGCGUCAACUGCAAGACUCCACUGUGCAUGAAGUGUCUGGAGGGUGGCAAGCAUGGGAGUCACGAUGUAAAACCUUUAGCGGCCAUGUGGAAACAGCACAAGUGUCAACUGUCCCAAGCUUUGAAUGGUGUGUCGGAUAAAGCCAAGGAUGCCAAGGAAUUUCUGGUGCAGUUGAAGAACAUGCUUCAGCAGAUACAGGAGAACGGGGUGGAGUUCGAGGCCUGCCUGGUGGCUCAGUGUGACGCCCUGAUUGAGGCUCUGAUGCGGCAGAAAGCCAAGCUCCUCACCAAGGUUACCAAAGAGAGGGAGUACAAGCUCAAGGUGGUGCGUGACCAGAUCACUCACUGCACUAUGAAGCUGCGUCAGACUACAGGCAUGAUGGAGUACUGUCUGGAGGUGAUCAAAGAGAACGACCCCAGCGGCUUCCUGCAGAUUUCCGAUGCGCUGAUCAAACGUGUGACAUCGUCUCAGGACCAGUGGGUCAAAGGGGCUCUGGAGCCCAAGGUGGGCCCUGAGUUUGACCUGACCCUGAACACCGACCCCCUGCUGCAGACCAUAAUACAGCUGGACUUUGUCCAGAGCAAAGAUAUUCAGGAGACUCCAUUAUUGAAACAAAUGCAUGCAGGUGGACUGAAAGACACGGAGAGCGCAGGAGUGGAGACUGCCACGAUGCCCCCGGCCCCCCUGCUGCAGCUAGAGAAGUGCUGCACCCGCAACAAUAGUGCCACCCUGGCCUGGAGGGUCACUGUGUCCCCUAGCAACCCCAUCGAAGGCUACAUCCUGGAGCUGGACGACGGCAAUGGGGGGCAAUACAGGGAGGUGUAUGUAGGGAAGGAGACCGUGUGCACCGUGGACGGCCUCCACUUCAACAGCUCCUACAACGCCAGAGUCAAGGCCUACAACUCCACAGGGGUGGGGCCCUAUAGCAAGACUGUGGUGCUGAAGACAUCUGACGUGGCUUGGUUCACCUUCGACCCCACCUCAGCUCACAGGGACAUUAUGUUGACCAAUGAGAACCAGACGGUGAGCUGCAACAGCUACGAUGACCGUGUGGUCCUGGGGACUGCCGCCUUCUCCAAGGGGGUACAUUACUGGGAGCUCAUGGUGGAUCGCUAUGACAACCACCCAGACCCGUCAUUCGGGGUGGCGAGGAUCAACACGAUGAAGGACAUGAUGCUGGGGAAGGAUGAUAAGGCCUGGGCCAUGUACGUGGACAACAACCGCAGCUGGUUCAUGCACAACAACUCCCACACCAACAGGGCUGAGGGGGGCAUCAGCAAGGGUGCCACUGUUGGCAUCCUGCUGGACCUGAACAAGCACACUGUAACGUUCUUCAUCAACAAAGAGCAGCAUGGCCCUGUGGCCUUCGAGAACCUGGAUGGAGUCUUCAUGCCUGCUGUCAGCAUCAACAGGAAUGUCCAGGUUACCCUACUAACAGGAAUGGAGGUGCCAAAGAAUUUUAAGCAGCAGUAGCCUCCUAAGGUGUCAACAUGUAGUCCUCCUGCUCCAUCCCUAUCUCUUCUUGCUAUUACUGUAUAUCUUAUGCUGUUCAAUGCCUAUGAUCAAAUAUCACCCAUUGAGGGAGUCUUAUAUACAAGGGACUUUUGUAUAUAAAAUAUUCUGUUGUUUUUAGAAUUGUCCUAGUCCUAAUUGCAUCUCAAGCCGUACAAUCAUAUUCUGUGUUUACAGUCAAAAUGCCACAGGGUGCUUUAAUGAAGUGCAUCACUGGAACGAAAUCCCAUAUGAGGGUAGAGUCAUGAGAUGCCCUACAGUACAAUUUCUCUACUUCUCUUCUCUCAGGUUCCUUCAUAGAGUUUGUAUACUCCUAUUUCUUUAUAGGAAACUGAAGCCCAGUCUAUCUCACGGGUUGAGUUAAAUGCAGAAGACACAUUUCAGUUGAAUACAUUCAGUUGUACAACUGACGAGGUAUCCCCCUUUCCCUUUCCCUCCUCACUCAAAAGUUGAGAAUAAUAGAGCUUUUCUUAGACACAUUAUUGGUGAUAUACUGUCUUUGAAACUUUACAAAGCCUUUCCAUACCAGAAUUUGAAUAAAUUCCAUUUUAAUUCUGGUCAAUUGAAAAUGACCUAUGGGGAUUUUAUUCAUUGACUGAAAUUGAAGUGGAAUUCACCCCAGCCUCGCUUUCAAUAAGAGGGCAUAGAUCGUCACAUCUGUUUAAAGGACAAAUCAGAGGACAAACGGUACCUACAAUUCUGUCACUAGAUGACAAACCUUGGUUCAAAGUGAAGCCAAACCACUGUGACAUUGAGAUGUAACAUUGCCAUGUAUAUUUUGUCAAACUAUUUAAAAUACAGUAGAUAGUAUCUUUUUUCAAACGAUUUACUGUUUAUGCAUUGGGUUUUACUACACUAUUGAAAUAUUUAUUAAGAGGGUGUAUGCUCAUGUGAAUAAACAGGUAUUGUAAAGCAGUUAGAAAUAUUGUAUUGACAGACCACUAGAGGGUCAAGAUUGCAUGAUACUGUAUGUAAGGAAACUUUAAAUAUGACUGUGUGCUAAGCAUGUAUUCUAAGCGAACUAGUUUACUUAACUCCAUCUGUAUAUAGUAAAACAAUGCCUAAAACAGUGAUAUGCAGAAGCCUUUUAAACUACCUAGUACAGGACAAUAAAUAUGCCCCCUAGAGUUUGAAGUCAACAUUACAGCAUCACGUUAAUUUGCCGUUUUUUUUUUUACCAUUGUGACAAUUUAAUAUAAUUGAAUGGGGCUCAAGCAUAUUAACAGGCAAUGUCAGAUGACAACAUUUAUUUAAAGGGUUAAGCAGUGCGUUUGUGAUUUUUCCGAGGGAGCCUUCAUGGAAUUCUAGAUACUAGGCAGGCUUAUUAUCCCACAUUUACAUUUGACCAUGUCCUCAUUAAGUUCACAUACCGGUAUAUCAUUAAUCAUCAUUAGAUGCAGUUAGGAGUUGUUUUGUACCAUAUUCUGUAAUUAUAAUUGUGUGAACAUUUUGAUCCCAGACUGCUACUAAAAGUGUUGCUUCAAAGUGAUGUUCCCUUAAUCCAAAAUGGUAACAGGUUUUUGGAUUAAGAAUACUAAUACUAUUGUUAUUAGAAUAAAAUGUCUGCUCAGAGUCUGUGUUGAAGCAUGGUGGUACACUAUUGGUGAAAAUGAUUUGUACUCUUGCAUCCUUCUCUCUUUGUAAAAACACCAAAUAUAGUCAUGCAUUUUUGAAUGGUCUUAAAAUCUAACGUUGGGUUUAUUUAGCUGUGUUAAUGUUCUCUGAACAGAGCCAAUGCCUUGUACAUUAAACAUGUUGAUAUGAUGUAGAGCAGACUGUCUGAUAGAACAGUAUGUCCAAAGCUACAAUGUGGAGGUGACCAUUCCCUGGGUAAAUAAAUGAUAUUGGCUAAAGCCAUUUUGUAUAGAGACAAGCGAUUGCAUCAGGUUGCAGCAUGUACGGUUGGUUAUUGAGUGUCUCCAAGUGAAUGUUGUCAAUGAGAGAAUCACAGUAAUCACUAUGGAAAUGGUGUUUCCAGACACACUGCCAGUACAGACCAUAAUAUCAAAGGAACCUUUGUAGUAAAUUCACAUAGUAGCUUAUCCUCUCUAAAUGUCAUAUUGUAGUUUUAGGCAUGCAUUUACCAGCCUGCUUCUGAAUGUGAACACCCCCCCCAAAAAAAAAAAAACGGUGCUAGAAACAGUCACUACUGUCAGAUUACAAUUGUGUUUCAAUCUUAGACUCUGCCUCAAGAGACUGACAGUAGACAUAUUUAUUUCAUAUUAUCUAAAUGUAUAAUACAUUUCAGAGAUAUUUACUGUCCCCACCCUGACUAUGCCAUGUGGGUAAGGUUGUUGCAAUGUCUGUGGGGCAUCUCUCUUCUAAACGCAGGCAUGCAACUCAUGCCCUGGAAUCGUGGCUAGUGCCCUCUCACUGCCACACUACCAGAGAACUAGGCAGGGUACACCACCAAACCUCAUGGGGAAUGUCAACUGGUCCAUUAGGACACUGGCAUCCAUGCCCAGGGUAUGUGUUCACAAAAACCUGUGCUUUAUUUUCCAGAAUUCUGUUAUGUAUGUUCUUUAGUUCUCAUCUCUCAUACGAUGUAAACGUUUUGUACUUCUAAGUGGUUUGUAUAUGAAAUGCAUUGUACUUGGCAUUGUUUUCAUAUUAUACAGUUUAAAAGAAAAGCAAAAUGCUGUAUUUUUUCCUUUAUAAAAUGAAUAAAUGAAUAAACUGAUGGAA